GUCACAAACUCACCCCUCGUCCGCUCUCCUAUGCCUCCUUGACAGAAAACAGAAAGAAACGUACUCCUAGUCGAAAAUAUUUGGGUAAAACACAGUUUUUUUCCAGCAACGUGUUUCUCUCCUAGAAGCCGGCUGGAAAGAUGGCGGGAGGCACGCACACCACACGUGACCCGACGCAGUGACGUGUAACGUGCGCUGGAUGCAGCGGUGAAACAAAACGGAGUUAAAAUCUGUUUUGUGUGAGACUAACCUAAUCCCAUGCUUUGUACGGAUGGCCACCCCGAGCAAGACACCACCCGGUGCCGACCCGAAGCAGCUGGAGCGGACCGGGACCGUGCGGGAGAUCGGUUCACAGGCGGUGUGGUCCCUGUCGUCCUGUAAGCCAGGGUUCGGGAUGGAUCAGCUGAGGGAUGAUAACCUGGAAACCUACUGGCAGUCAGAUGGAUCUCAGCCUCACCUGGUCAACAUUCAGUUCAGGAGGAGGACGACGGUGAAGAUGUUGUGUAUUUAUGCUGACUAUAAGUCAGACGAGAGCUACACCCCGAGUAAGAUCUCUGUCCGGGUGGGAAACAACUUCCACAACCUCCAGGAGAUCCGGCAGCUGGAGAUGGUGGAGCCCAGCGGCUGGAUCCACAUCUCUUUACUAAAUCAGAGAACCAACGAGCCCAUCAGCACCUUCAUGAUCCAGAUCGCCGUGCUCGCCAACCACCAGAACGGCAGAGACACACACAUGCGUCAGAUCAAAGUCUACACGCCCGUGGAGGAGAGCUCCAUCGGCAAAUACCCACGAUGCACCACGGUGGACUUCAUGAUGUACCGAACCAUCAGGUGAUCCGGGGGUCUGGGCUCUGACAGAGACUUGAGUUCUGGAGCCGUGACCCGGUCCGACGCCAGCGUUUAAGUAUUUACUCCACAGCGAUGAGGGAAGCCUUCUGGUUUACAGUAGAUUAGAGUCUUUUUGUGCCAACGUGUUUUUCUAUUUGUUAAAUUAAAGAUCUGAAACCCAGAA